AUGGACCGCGAGCACUAUCCGCCCAGCACAAAGCAGUCUCCGUCAAUCCCAUACCGCCUCUCUCUUGUUCGAAGGGUAUGGCAACUGGGCUGGAUCUCCAAGGUCGCCUAG